UCUGUCAUGUGUCAUGGAUAAAUGACAAUUUGACACUGUUUCAUUGAAAGUUUAUUGUAUUGAUCGCGAAAUAUCCCAAAUAUUUUGGAAAAUUCCUUUCUAACAUAGUUUUAAUAUUAAAAGGACUUCUAUUACAAAACUUCAGUAACUACAGCGUCCGAAGAUGUUGCCGCGACAGUAUUACAGCGAGCAAGACAUAAGAAAACGGCAAAUUGAUACGCUGAAAAUAUUCAACGAUCAUGUGACAGAAGUCAAUGAAAACUCUGAAUACAGAGUGGAAUUUGUGGCUGACGGUAAAAAUAUGAGCUUGUUAGUGAUAUUAGGGCCUGAUUUCCCUAAUGAAAAGCCUUCAAUCUUCGUCAAUCCGCCUAUACCUCACCCUUGGAUCGGAGAAAAUUCAAACCAGGUUGUUGGUGCUCCAGGACUCUUGAACUAUACCUUACAUUCAGAUUUGGGACGUGUAGUCCAAGCAAUUAUAAGGGAGUUUCAGAAAUCUAUGCCAAAAUUCUCUAAUUCUGACGAUGUGUCUAGAAGUAACGAUGUGAGUCCGCAGUCGAAUUAUAGCGGACAGUCGUUGAUGUUUCCGGAGUUAAACGAAUGCUGUAUUGAGGAGUUGCAGGAAAUUUUGCAAAAUACCGAUUUACAGGAUAAAAUAAUAGAAGUGAACCCCCAACUAGUAGAAAUAGACCUUGAGACAGAAGAAUUAAUGACCAAUAUUGAACGAAUAGCCCAAGAGAAUAUUGCAAAGCAACAAGCGUUGGAUGAUUUAAAGACAGAAGUGAUUGACCGUAUCUCAACUAUCGUUCAAAUGAAAAUGAACUUUGAGGAGCUGAAUAGAAAGCAUAUGAAGCUGGCGGAGAUGUACGAUCCUCAUCGGAUCAGGGAUUGCUUGAAGGAGGCUGCGUUGAAGGCUGAUGAGGAGUCUGAAGUUAUUGCGGAGCAGUUUCUUACAGGUCAAAUGCCGGUAGAAACGUUCAUAGCGAAAUUCGCUGAGAAACGGGGGCUCGGUCAGGCAAGACGGGCUCGGGAAGAGAGGAUCGCUCACCAACUGGCACAACUAGACAGAGCCACGACCAAAAGCUAGAAAAAAAAAUCUACACAUUCCAUUUGACAGCUGUCAAAGUUCCCGCUAAUAUUAUCUAAUAUGGCGUCUUUAGUUAUUAUGUUUUUCGACUUAGGGUCGAUUUAUACUAGCGCAGAGUCGAAGCGCAUCGAAGCGUCUUUUCAAAACGGAACAUAACAAAUUCAACCUUAAUUCCGCAGCGUAACGCACACGUUACUUCUGAGAUUUGAAAAAGGCGUGCGCAUUCGUCGGAAUUCGCGCGUCUGCGCGCGAACAAAAUUCGCUAGAAUUCGCUUUGGUUGUAAAGAAUUUGACGCUUUGAUGCGCUAGUAUAUAUUGACCCUUAUUCACGUAAUUAUUUGACGAGAAAGAGGAACACGACUUGUAUUAAGGCGCGGGCACACCGCGAUGCACGGAGAGUUUACCUGUAUUAAGCUUCUCUUUGUUACAUUAACAAUACAUUAGAUUUUUUGUUUGAAUUCCGCUUAUACAUGUAUUUUUAACCACUCUUGAUGUGUGCAAUAUAGCACUCUCGCAUGUUAUGUGCACCUCUGCUGCAUGAGCAUUUAAUUGCGGGCGGGAGGGUGGUACUGCAUACCGCAUGUUAAAAAAUACAUCUAAAAGCGGAAUUAAAACUAAAAAUCUAUUGUAUUGUUAGUGUAGCAUGGAUUUCCGCAAAGUA